GCUGCAGAGGAUUCUAAAAAACCAGUGGCGAUUAGCGUAGAACAGCCAACCGUUGCAAAAGCUGUGAGUCCGUACCUAUUCGAAGGCGACAUCUUUCUGUCGAAGAAACAAGCUAUCAAUAUUCUCAAAGAAGCGUCCGAUACUUCCCAGUCGGGGACAAAAGGGAGAGGUCGUCGGUCAUUUGACGCAAGCCCUGAGUCCAAGUGGCCUAUCACUGCCCCAAUUAAAUAUCGGUUUCAUGACAGUCUCAGUGUGUUCAUUAAAAUAUCAUAUGAGUUGAUUGACACUUCCAAGCCCAAGAGAACGUUUUAUCUUUCAGAUUUCUACGCUAUUUCUAACAUCAUCAAAGCACUUCAGUAUUGGGAGAGCGUUACAUGCUUAACAUUUGAAAACGCUCCUGAUGUUGUUGAAGCUGAAGACUUUAUCGAGUUCUUCCAAGGACAAGGCUGUUAUUCAAUGAUCGGUAGAAAUGGAGGAAGGCAAGGUGUUUCUAUAGGAGAGAACUGCGUUAAAGAAGGUGUAAUCGAGCACGAGAUUGGCCAUGCUAUAGGACUUUGGCAUGAACAGAGUCGUCCUGACGCACAAUCCUAUAUCAAAGUUCUAUCAGAUUUCAUCCUCCCAUCGUAUGUUAGUGACUUUAUGCAACGAGAAAAAAACAUAGAUACGCUUGGAAUACCUUACGAUCUUGGAUCAGUGAUGCAUUACGGUAGCACAGCAUUUAGCGCUGAUCAAACUAGCAAGACGCUCGUGACGCGCGAUCCUCUCUAUCAGAGUACGAUUGGACAACGGGAAACAUUGUCAUUUCUCGAUGUGGAGAUAAUCAAUAAGGCUUACUGUUCAGACCGCUGUCCUGGCCCGCACAUCUGUAAGAAUGGCGGCUAUCCCCACCCAAAACACUGCAAUGUAUGCUUGUGCCCAAAUGGACUCUCUGGUUUAACUUGCGAAGAAUUUGAGCCUCCGAAAAGUAUGCUAGUAUAUGUCUUGCUCACCUUUGCCGUUAAACAUUCAAAGAAGCCAAAUGUGGAGGCCCCAGAAGGAAAACGAAUCGAAUUUGAAUUUAUUGAAGACUUCUCUUUCUUGUGCACAUCCACAUGCGUAGAUUACGUCGAAAUGAAAAUCCAGGCUGAUUUACGCAAUACAGGUUUCAGAUGGUGCUGUUACACAAUGCCACAAGGAUCGUUCGUUUCGGAAGUGAACAAAGCGCUUAUAAUAUUUCGUUCGCAACUUAGUAGCGAUGUCGGCUUCAAACUUCAAAUGAGAACAAGUGAGAUUUUCUCUGUCUGAUA